AUGAAGGCACGCAUUUUGCCCGAGGAGACGGACCGUGCUGGCGCUGCAGUAGAGUCUUCGUAUCGCCAUAAUACUUUCUAUGGCCACGUCAGUUGCCGGAUUUCGCUAGCUAAAGACGUGGGUGAGCCUGUACUUUCAAGUUACCGUAUCGAAGACACCGACUUGACGCCUGACGAAGAGAAUCGUGGCUUCGGCGGAUCGGACACUGACAUCAGCAAGUAUCCUUUCGUUGCAGGACUGAUCCUUGAAAGGACUGAUGACGAACCGAUUUGUGGUGGCACACUGGUUGCACCUCUGUUCGUUAUGACGUCUGCAUACUGUAUUGAGCCGUUCACAAAUGUGGCGUUGCUGAAACUUGAAAAACCCUCGACACGGAAACCAGCACCUCUUGCUGAUAUCAACCGAUCGGACGAGAAGUGUGGCACAAUGGCUGCUGCUGCUGCUGGGUGGGGUUACACGAAGGAACAUGCAGUUCCUGAUACUCUUCAAGUUGUUGACGUCAAGAUUAUUCUUGAUAACGAGUGUGUAAAGUACUCUGUUAACACCGACGUCACACUUUGUGCCGGGACUGAACAUGGGGAAGGUGUUUGUUAUGGCGACUACGGCAGCCCCCUUAUUGCCAAUGGGGCGGUCGUGGGUAUCGCUUCUAAUGUAUCUCUUUCGGAUCUCCAUAGAUUCUUUCACAGCUCGGGACCCCAGCGUUUAUCCACCAAGGCAACCGACGCGCGCAUUGAGACAAGCGGCGACAAGGUUGUAGUAGGUCGUUAA